CAGAUAUGGGGUCCAUAACAAUGCAUCAAGAAGACGACUUCGUUCAUCAAACACGCCGAAUUCCUAUUGGCGCCUAUAUAUUCCACCGCCUUCACCAAAUUGGUGUCUCUCAUGUCUUUGGAUGUCCCGGAGACUUCAAUCUGAACCUACUUGACCACCUCUACACAGUUCCUUCCAUGAAAUGGAUUGGUACUUGCAACGAACUCAACGGAGCAUAUGCAGCAGACGGCUACGCUCGUGUCCGCGGGAUCCCGGGAGUCCUUAUCACCACCUACGGUGUCGGAGAACUGAGUGCAAUCAAUGGGAUCGCCGGUGCCUAUAGCGAACACGUCCCGAUCAUUCACAUCGUCGGGACUACGUCAAGAUUGGCUCGUCGGGACCGUAUCAUGAUUCGUCACACCUUGGACGAGAACUGGGAUCACGAUACAUUCCAAAAAAUGUCUGAGCCGGUGAGAACUGGUCACGCCUUUCUACUCGAAGAUUCGAACUUCACAAAGGACAUCGAUAAUGUCAUUCAAACAUGUGUUCAGACGAGACGCCCAGUCUACCUCUAUGUGCCAAUCGACGUCCCAGAUAUCCUGGUCAAUUCAGAGCCUCUGCAGAAGCCUUUGCAUUUUGACAUCACCAAUCAUGACAGAGAUCACGAGGAAGACGAAUUCAUCGAUGAAGCUGUGAAAAUGCUGGCGGCGGCAGAGCACCCCGUGGCUUUGGUCGACAUGCUGACUCACAGAUAUGGCCUGGUCAAUGAGACCAAACAAUUUUUGAGUCUUACUGGUCUACAAGCAUUCGUUACGCCAUUGGCAAAAUCGGUGGUCGACGAAACCAGUGAGCAUUAUGGCGGGCUUUAUAAUGGCAAACUCAGUCCAAGCAUUGGUGUGCAAAAACGUGUCGAGUCAUCAGAUGCUGUCUUUCACAUUGGACCAUUCCCAUCAGACUCUAACACCGGAGGCUGGAGUCAGAAAUUGCAAACCGCGAACCUGAUCUGUCUUUCCUGGAACAAGGUCUCCGUUCGCGAUCGUGUGUGGCACGGGCUCAACUUUGUACCCAUAGUGAAGAAACUUGUCCGGCGCCUUGAGUUGCAGAAGUUUUCAUUGAAGAACACGCUGGCUUUAGAAGACUGCCUUAGUACUUCGGCCCCUUUGACAGCACCUACUGAGGCAUCAGAUCAGCUCGAUCAACUGCACGUAUGGAGAAAGUUCUCGCCCUUUCUACGCGAAGGAGACUGCAUCAUCGCCGAGGUGGGCUCCGCACAGUAUGGCACACUUGAGCUGGAGCUCCCCGCCAAUGUCACGUUCUUUACACAGCUUUAUUAUAGCUGUAUCGGCUUCACAGUUGGUGCUCUUCUUGGAGCCUUAGUAGCUCAACGUGAGCAAGGUAACAACGGCAGAGCAUGGUUAUUUGUGGGAGACGGAAGUCUACAAAUGACUGUCCAGGAACUUAGUACGAUCAUCAGGUACGACUUCAAACCGACCAUUGUCCUCAUCAACAACAGUGGCUACACCAUCGAGCGAGUCAUUCACGGCCCAUUGAAGCACUAUAACGAGAUUUCGACGAGCUGGGACUAUCAAAAUAUGCUUCGUUUCUUUGGAGCCGGACCUGCUACAUCAGCUACAUACUCUGCACGGACAUACAGAGAGCUGGCAGCCGUGCUCGAGGACAAAACCUUUCAGACAAACUCUACAAUUCAGCUACUCGAAUUGGUUCUGGACAAAUUUGACACCCCAUGGAUGUUGAGUGGGCAAAUCAAUAUUGUGCAUGGUAAGUUCGGUAAACAAUUGGAAGCUUGGGACCGAAACUGUGGCAGGCAGAGGAAAGUACUGGAUGGAAACCUAUGGAGGAGCGAGUAUAAGUUGUGCGCAAAUCCAUCCAAUGUCUAUCUAGAAUCACGGGAAGCGACUGGCACACAAUAGUAUGCUAGUGCUCAUCCUGCACAUUUCUCCGUAGAGGAACAUUUGUGACGCUGUC